AAGAAGGGAGGCGGUGGCAGCGGCGGCGGCUGCUGAGGAGGAGGAGAAGGGGGAGCAGAGGGAGGUGUUUCUGUCAGUUCCGGCUGUUUGUUCGGGAAGUGGAUCCGCCGCUGCCGGAGCAGCCCGGAGGGAGCUGCGGAUCGCGAGGCCAGUACCGACCCCGCCCGCCCGCGCGCACCGCCCCAGCCCGCCAUGGCCCGGGACUACGACCACCUCUUCAAGCUGCUCAUCAUCGGCGACAGCGGUGUGGGCAAGAGCAGUUUACUGUUGCGUUUUGCAGACAACACUUUCUCAGGCAGCUACAUCACCACGAUCGGAGUGGAUUUCAAGAUCCGGACUGUGGAGAUCAACGGGGAGAAAGUGAAGCUGCAGAUCUGGGACACGGCGGGGCAGGAGCGCUUCCGCACCAUCACCUCCACGUAUUAUCGGGGGACCCACGGGGUCAUUGUAGUUUACGACGUCACCAGUGCCGAGUCCUUUGUCAACGUCAAGCGGUGGCUUCACGAAAUCAACCAGAACUGUGAUGAUGUGUGCCGAAUAUUAGUGGGCAAUAAGAAUGAUGACCCUGAGCGGAAGGUGGUGGAGACAGAAGAUGCCUACAAAUUUGCCGGGCAGAUGGGGAUCCAGUUGUUCGAGACCAGCGCCAAGGAGAAUGUCAACGUGGAAGAGAUGUUCAACUGCAUCACGGAGCUGGUCCUCCGAGCAAAGAAAGACAACCUGGCGAAACAGCAGCAGCAACAACAGAACGAUGUGGUGAAGCUUACGAAGAACAGUAAACGAAAGAAACGAUGCUGCUAAUGCCGCCCGGUCCACUGCAGAGACUGCACUGCGGUCCCUCCCCCAGCCCGAGGUCCACGGGGGUUCCUCGGGGGACAGUCUCAGUUUCGUGCCGUUAUUUAAAGAAUUCUCUCCAUGUUUUUGUAUCGGGAGGCGCCAUCGGCACUUCCUCCCCCUUCCCCCUCGAGUGCCAAGAAGGUGUUGGACCAGCCUGCCCUUCCCUACUGGUGCCCCCUCCUCCCCGGCCAAGGCGCCUGGACCUGGCAAGGACGCUGCCAGCCGAGCGGACUGAUUCACAGAGUCUGUACAUAGUGUAUAUUGCUCUACCCGGCCGCACACCGCGUCCUGCUCUGGCUUUUGCCUCCUUGAUGCCAGCCUGCUGCAACGGACCCUCCCUGCGCCCCUCCCCAGCCCAUCUUACUACAAGCAGCGUCCUGAGGAGACAGCGUCACAUUCUAGCUGCAUCUUUGGCCAGCCUGUGCCAGUGGAGUGGGCUCCGUGUUGCUCAUUCUCUCCGACAGGCUGUCAGCUUCUGUCCCUGGCACGCAGGGUCUUGCCCCCUCUCCGGGGCCUGUGCCAGCUCCCUUCCCUCCCUGUUCUGCGCCCAGCCAUUCUGGGAGCUGGGGAACCCGGCCUCGAAGCCCUGCGGUUCCAGAAGUGGUCAGUCUUGCCCCUUGGCCAACAGAUUUCUUGUCCUGCCUUCUAGAUGCUUCUGAGCUCCAAACCCAGGGGAGCCAUGGCUUCUCAUUUCUAUCAAGAGGUUUACGUUCCAUCAGAAAGGUUGGGGUAGGUUCGUGCAGAGAUGGGGCUGGCAUGGGGGCUGCAGGAGCAGUAUUUUAACAGAUCAAGAGAAUGAAGCCAGAUCAGUGAAUUUCCUCACAAUUAUUUUCUUUCCCUGAGGUUUGAUUGGCAGAGCAGCAAAAGUUGGGGCAAACCCACUUUGUGUCCACUGUUUUUAGGAAAAAAAUAAAACGAAUGGCUUCCUGCCAUUGUGGGGCUGGGCUCUCAUGCCUGGGGCCUCUGGGCUGGGACCAUGGACAGCCCCCAGUCAUUGUCCUAAUCUUUGUCAGGACAAAGGUAGCAAGAUGGGAAGGAAUGGCUGGGAGCGGUCAGUUUUGACCCCUAGUCCCCUGGAGAAAAACCAGGGUCAUCUGCACUUGAUGACUGCUUCCCUAGCCCCCAGCCCGAACACCUCAUUACCCUUUCCCCUACAGGGAUCAAGUAACCUGGGAAGAACUGAUUCCAGGAUGUGUUUCCUUAGAUUUCCUUUCCUAGGUGAUUUCCAGGCAGAGCCGUGAUUGGACAAUCACAUCACAGAUCACACUGCAGUUUCCAUGUUGGCACUGUGGAUGGGUUUUUAAUCAAUAAAAACUGGGGGUUUCUUCUCACCCGUCUCUCCACUUGCCCAAACUGCCAAAAGCUGGUGGUGCUGGGACAGGCCUUCACUUUGGAGCCACAGGAUGGGGUGGGGGAGCUCUGUGGGCCUGGGAAGGAGGGUACAAUGGAGGGGCUGCAGGGCUGACCAGCAGGCAGCCUCAUCUGGUCUGGGGGCGGCAGAAGUGGGGUCUCCGUCCUUGUGACUGUUCUGGUUCGCCAUGGGCCCUGUGAGGAUGUGUGGUGCUUGGGGGCUCCUGUGCUGGUGGGUGGGGGGCAUGCUUGCCUCCGAGUGAUCAGGCGAGGCCAGCAGGGGUGUGCUUGCAAAUUCAAGCAAUAAGUUGGGGGGGGGUUGGUCCUGGGAGCUUCCAGCCCAGGCUGGGAGCCCCCAUGGCUUCUGGCAGCUGGACGUCCAGCCCCAGGUAGUGGGGUGAUUUUGGUCAUGGCAGUGUGCCUGUCCCACUGUUACAUGCAUGAAUGGGGGAUACGGGGUGGGGGUGGGGGAUCAGGGCUGGACUGACGUCCUAGUGGACCUGAUGUGAAAUUCCUGUCAAACACCACCACUUUUAAAUGGUUUGCUAGGAUUAUUUCUGUAUUGAAAGUUUCUAAUUAUGCUUUUUAAAAAAAUACUAAAAAUAAAGGUUCAAGCUGCCAAAUUUU